AUGUGGAGAGCACUGCUAGUUAAACUCCUUCUCGUCUUCAUUUGCAGUGUUAGUUGGUGCCACUCUGAGGGAUGUGAGUUGGGACAAUUCCAGUGCGGGGCAGGACGCUGUAUCCCAGACGACUGGCAUUGUGACGGGACAUCUGACUGUGCAGACGACUCUGAUGAGCAAGACUGCCCUCCUGUGACGUGUGGUAGCCUCUUCCAAUGUCUAAGUGAUGGGGACUGUAUCUCAGAACUGUGGGUGUGCGAUGGUGAGGAAGACUGUGAGGAUGGCUCUGAUGAAAGGCAAAAUUGCCCUGGGAGGACAUGCACCAGUGGCCAGUUCACCUGCAGUGAUGGGAUGUGUAUCCCGGCUGAAUACCGCUGUGACCGGCUGGCUGACUGCUCGGAUGCGUCUGAUGAGAGAGACUGCCAUUACCCAGCAUGCCCAGAGCUGAGAUGCGCCAAUGGGGCCUGUUACAACCGCACUCAGCGAUGUGACCAAAUCCUGGACUGUCGUGAUGGCUCUGAUGAGGCAAAUUGCACACAGCAGUGCAAUUCGGGCCUCUUCCCUUGUCAUAAUGGCGCAUGUGUUCCUCAGCGCUACGUCUGUGAUCAUGAUGAUGACUGUGGUGACCGAAGUGAUGAGCUAAACUGCUCAUAUCCAACUUGCAAAGGGAACUACUUCACUUGUCCUAGUGGCCGCUGUAUUCACCAAGUAUCUUGUGAUGGAGAGGACGACUGUGAAGACAACGCUGAUGAAAAAGGAUGUGAUAAUAUACUAAGGGAGUGUUACCCAGGAGAAUGGGCUUGUCCUUCAUCCGGGUUGUGUAUACCCAUGGAUCAGCUAUGUGAUGGGACAAUACACUGUCCACAUGGAGAAGAUGAAACCAACAUUACCGCUGCCACACACUGCAGUAUUUGGAAAUGUGCCUCCCUGAGCUGUGAGCACCGUUGCCAUGCUUCUCCUGAUGGGGGCACGUGUUCAUGUCCCACUGGAUACAUUGUCAGCAACAACUCUCGGUCUUGCACAGACUUUGAUGACUGCUCAAUGUGGGGAGUGUGUGACCAGGUGUGUGAAGACCGGGCUGGUUCUCAUCACUGUAGCUGCCAUCCGGGGUACACACUGGAACAGCAUAGAUAUUGCAGAGCUAAUGUAUCAACUGGAGCACCGUCUCUGUUGUUUUCAAACGGAAGAGACUUGUUAAUAGGUGACAUCCAUGGCAACAACUAUCGCACGCUGAUUCAUUCACAAAACCGUGGCGUUGCAGUGGGAGUGGACUUCCAUUACAAUCUUCAGAGGAUAUUCUGGUCGGACACAAUUCAAAAUAAGGUGUUUUCGGUGGAUAUGGACGGUUCCAACGUGCAGGUGGUUUUAAAUGUAUCAGUUGACUACCCUGAGAACCUUGCGGUGGAUUGGGUGAACAAUAAACUGUAUGUGGUGGAGGCCAGUGUCAACAGGAUUGACAUGGUGGACUUUGAUGGGAGUAACCGGGUCACGCUCAUCACUGAAAACCUUGGAAAUCCUAGAGGGCUGGCGGUGGACCCCACAGUCGGGUAUAUGUUUUUCUCUGAUUGGGAGGCACUAAAUGGACAGCCAGGUCUUGAACGGGCCUACAUGGAUGGAACCAACCGCUAUGGCAUCAUACGGAGCAAAUUGGGCUGGCCCGCUGGCAUCACAGUUGAUAUUGAGGCACAACAUUACUGGGUUGAUAGCCGCUAUGACUACAUAGAGACGGCAACAUAUGAUGGCCUUUAUAGGAAAACUGUGGUUCAUGGAGGAGCAGCAGUCCCCCACCCAUUUGGCAUCAGUCUGUUUGAACACACUGUCUACUUCACAGACUGGACAAAGAUGGCUGUGAUGAAAGCUAACAAGUUCACUGACUCAAACCCUCAAGUGGUCUACCGCACAUCUCAAACUCCACAUGGUGUUGCUGUCAUCCAUCCACUCAAACAGCCCUACGUGUCAAGCCCGUGCAGUGUCAACAGAGGUGGCUGUGAGCAGAUUUGUGUCCUGAGCCACAGGAGUGACAAUGGGGGACUGGGGUACCGCUGUAAAUGCAGAAUGGGUUAUGACCUGCAUAAUGAUGGAAAGAGAUGUGUUGGUGUCAGGCAGUUCCUGCUGUUCUCUAGUCAGUUGGCUGUAAGAGGAAUCCCUUUUAACCUUUCUUCUCAGGAAGACAUCAUCCUGCCCAUCACUGGGUCACCCUCCUACUUUGUUGGGGUGGACUUUAGUGCAGAAGACGAUGCAAUAUUCUUCUCAGAUACCACAAAAAAUAUUAUCUACAAACAAAAUGUAGAUGGCACUGGCAGGGAGGUACUGGCAGCCAAUCGUGUGGAAGGAGUGGAGGACCUGGCUUAUGACUGGAUCUCAAAAAACCUUUACUGGACAGACCCCCGAUACAGGAGCAUAUCUGUCCUGAAGCUGGCAGACAAGUCCAGGAGGGCCAUUGUACAAAACCUUAAUAACCCCAGAGCCAUUGUGGUACACCCUAUUCUCGGAUAUAUUUUCUGGACUGACUGGUACAGACCAGCAAAGAUUAUGAGGGCUUGGGGUGACGGGUCACAUGCCAUGUCGAUUGUAAACACCACUCUUGGUUGGCCAAAUGGUCUAGCCAUUGACUGGAGUGCAAUGCGUCUUUAUUGGGUGGAUGCAUUCUUUGAUAAAAUUGAGCACAGCAAUUUUGAUGGACAGAGCAGGAUUUCUUUGGACCGUAUCUCACAGAUCUCUCAUCCUUUUGGCCUGACUAUUUUCGACGGCUAUGCAUACUUCACUGACUGGCGACUGGGUGGCAUCGUGCGUGUGCGCAAGACUGACGGUGGGGAGAUGGUCAUUAUUAGACGAGGAAUCAGCCACAUCAUGCAUGUUCAAGUUCCUUAACUCUAACCUCACAGAUUGGUAAGCUAUUUAUCUUUUGUAACAGCACACAUUAUUAACUGUAACCUAAACUCCCACAUUUUUCUAUCUCCUCAUAUAGGUUCAAAUUUUUGCAACAGACCAACAAAUCCAAAUGGAGACUGCAGCCACUUCUGUUUCCCAGCUCCUAACUUCCGCAGAGUGUGUGGGUGUCCAUAUGGAAUGAAGCUAUCACCUAACCAUCAGAUAUGUGUAGAGGACCCUUCGAAUGAGCCCCCCACCCUGCAAUGUGGAGUCAACUCUUUCUCCUGUGGCAAUGGCAAAUGUGUCCCGAACAGCUACAGAUGUGAUGGUGUUGAUGAUUGCCAUGACAACACAGACGAAGUCAACUGCGGAGUUCACAAUACCACAUGCUCCCCCUCUGCAUUCACCUGUGCAAACCAGCGCUGUGUUCCUGCUUCAUGGCGUUGUGAUGGGCACAAUGACUGCUUUGAUAACAGCGAUGAGAAUAACUGCCCUACACGAGUACCUGGGACCUGUCCUGCCAAUCAGUUUGCAUGUGCCAACCAGCACUGCAUCCCACAUACCUGGCGUUGUGAUACAGAUAAUGACUGUGGAGACAGUUCAGAUGAAGAAAACUGCCAUAUUGGCGGCACCUGUCAUCCUGGACAGUUUCAGUGUCCUGACCAUCGGUGUAUUGACCCUAAUUAUGUCUGUGAUGGUGACAGGGACUGUGUAGAUGGAGCAGAUGAACAAGGAUGCAUCUACAACUGCACUUUGAAUGAGUUCAAGUGUGCUAAUGGCCACCAGUGCAUCAACUCGUAUUACAGAUGUGAUGGAGUCUUUGACUGUAAUGAUCGCUCAGACGAAAGAGACUGUCCUACAAGACCUCCAGGGAUGUGCCACCACGAGAGUGAAUUUCAGUGCCAGUCGGAUGGCAGCUGUGUGCCAUCGACUUGGGAGUGUGAUGGGCACCCAGACUGUGAAGAUGGCAGUGAUGAGCAUCAUGCCUGCCCCCCUCGCACCUGCCCCUCCACAAUGUUCCGCUGUGAUAACGGCAACUGUGUACUGCCCAGCUGGAUUUGCGAUGGGGACAAUGAUUGCAGAGACAUGACUGAUGAACGGGACUGUCCCACACCUCCUUUCAGAUGCCCUAGCUGGCAGUGGCAAUGUCCUGGCCACAGUGUUUGUGUCAACCUCACCAGGGUUUGUGACAACACCCCCGACUGUCCCAAUGGGGCGGAUGAGUCUCCACUCUGCAAUGAGCCCUUACCAGAUCAGGAAAGCUGUUCAGACAACAAUGCAGGCUGCACUCAUGGUUGUAUCCAAGGCCCUUUUGGGGCACAGUGCACAUGCCCUUUAGGGUUCCAACUGAGCAAUGACUCUAAGACAUGUGAAGACAUGGAUGAGUGUAACCCCCCUGGACUUUGUAGCCAGCAUUGUUUCAAUGAAAGAGGCUCCUUCCGCUGCCACUGCCAAGAUGGCUACACCCUUGAGGCAGACCAGCGAACCUGCAAAGCCUCAGAUUCUCGAGAAGCCUUCUUGCUGGUGGCCAGUCGAAACCAGAUCAUACAGGACGAUAUUACCAGUCAGCCCAACGUGGUGCGCUCUGUGGUUCGCGAUGGACGCAAUAUUGUAGCCAUAGACUUUGAUUCGGUAACAGACCGAGUGUACUGGUCCGAUACAAGCCAGGAUCGAAUCUGGAGUGCUCAUAAAAAUGGAAGUGAAAGGACCGUGAUAUUUGACAGUGGGGUGACGGUCACCGAAAGUCUUGCCGUGGAUUGGGUAGGAAGAAACCUGUAUUGGACAGACUAUGUUUUGGAAACGAUUGAAGUGUCUAAACUGGAUGGCACCCAUCGCACUGUACUAGUGAGUGAAAAUGUGACCAACCCUCGGGGCCUGGUGCUGGACCCAAGAGAGAGCACUCACCUGAUGUUCUGGACUGACUGGGGCAGAAAUCCACGCAUUGAGAGGGCCAGCAUGGAUGGGAAGUUGAGGACUACAAUCAUAAACAACAAACUCUACUGGCCAAAUGGUCUUACCAUAGACUACCCAAACAGAUUGUUGUACUUUGCUGAUGCCUACCUGGAUUUUAUUGACUAUUGUGACUAUGAGGGCAAGAACAGAAAGCAGGUUCUAGCCAGUGAUCUGGUACUUCAACACCCCCAUGCAAUUACCAUUUUUGAGGAUUUUGUGUAUUGGACUGACAGAUACAUUAACCGUGUGAUGCGAGCACACAAGUGGCAUGGGGAGAAUCAGACAGUGAUGCUUUUUAACCUGCCACAGCCUAUGGGUCUGGUAGCUGUGCACCCCGCUAGGCAGCCUACAGGUGAAAAUCACUGUUUAAGGAGCCAUUGUUCUCAUAUAUGCCUGCUAUCAGCUGUGGGACCAAAUUACUUCUCGUGCGCAUGCCCCUCAGGAUGGACACUGGCACCAGACCAAAUCAACUGCUUGAGAGAUGAGGAACCGUUCCUGAUUAUUGUAAGAGACAGUAUCAUCUAUGGCAUUUCCUUAAAUCCCGAUGACAAGAGUAAUGACGCCAUGGUUCCUGUGGCUGGUCUCCAAAAUGGAUAUGAUGUUGAUUUUGAUGACAGUGAACAGAAUAUUUACUGGGUGGAGCAUCCAGGUGAAAUUCAUAAAGUGAGGUCGGACGGAACAAACAGGACUGAGUUGGCCCCUGCUGCCAUCCUUGGCUCCCCUGUUGGCCUGGCUCUGGACUGGAUGACUGAGAAUCUGUAUUACACCAAUCCAGCCACACAAUCUAUUGAGGUUUUGAAGCUAAAAGGGGAAGUGCAGUAUAGGAAAACUCUGAUCACAAAUAACGGCUCUCCUACUGGCGCUGGCAGUCCUGUUGGCAUAGCAGUGGACCCUGCACGUGGCAAACUCUAUUGGACAGACCACGGAACAGAAAGUGGCAUCCCUGCUAAGGUGGCAUCUGCAGACAUGGAUGGCCAAAACCCUGUCAACUUGUUUACCAAUAAUUUAGACCACAUUGAAUUCCUCACUGUGGACAUCAAAGACAAUAAGUUGUAUUGGGCUGUAACAAGCACUGGCAUGAUUGAACGUGGUGACCCAGAUGGCACUAACCGCAUCACUAUAGUAACAGGUUUGUCUCACCCCUGGGGUGUGACUGUCUACCAGGACCACCUGUACUUCACUGAUCGAGAUUUUGAGGUCAUAGAGCGUGUGGAUAAAUCCACUGGUGCAAACAGAGUUGUGUUACGUGACAAUAUAUCUGGACUCAGAGUUUUAAAAGUACAUUAUCGAGAGACCUCUGUAGGGACAUCAAAUGGCUGCACAAACAAUGCUGGUGUAUGUGAGCAGCUCUGCUUGCCUCGACUACAUGGUCUGUUUACCUGUGCAUGUGCCACAGGUUUUAGACUAAGCACAGACAACAGGACCUGUGCUCCCUACCAGUCUUUUGUCGUCAUCUCGACCUUGUCAGCUGUCAAGGGUUUUAGUAUGGAAGGAACUGAUCAUUCAGAGGCCAUGGUGCCUAUAGCUGGAAGAGGUCGUAAUGCGCUACAUAUUGAUGUCCACAUGGCGUCUGGUUUCAUCUACUGGUGUGAUUUCAGUAGUACAGUACCUACGCAGAAUGGGGUCAGACGGGUAAAGCCAGAUGGCUCAGGAUUACGUAGCCUUGUCACAUCUGGUAUAGGACGCAAUGGGAUUCGAGGCAUUGCUGUGGACUGGGCAGCAGGUAACCUAUACUUCACAAAUGCCUUCCUGACAGAGACAUACUUAGAAGUUCUUCGUAUCAACACCACAUUCCGCAGAGUUCUUCUGAAGACCGAAGUAGACAUGCCUCGGCACAUUGUGGUUGACCCAAAAAACAGGUUUUUAUUCUGGGCUGAUUAUGGUCAAAAUCCCAAAAUUGAACGUGCCCUUUUGGAUGGUACCAACCGUACAGUACUAGUGUCAUCAGGAAUAAUCACUCCUAGAGGUUUAGCGCUGGACUGGCUGACUGGUUAUGUGUACUGGGUGGAUGAUUCACUGGAUAUGAUUGCUCGAGUUAGCCCUAAUGGAGGAGAUACAGAAAUGGUAAGAUAUGGCAGCCGCUACCCAACACCUUAUGGGAUUUCAGUGUUUGAGAACAGUAUAAUUUGGGUGGAUAGAAACCUCAAGAAGGUUUUUCAAGCAAGCAAAGAACCAGGGAACACAGAACAGCCAGCUGUCAUUAGAGAUAAUGUUAACAUGUUAAGGGACAUCACCAUUUUUGACCAGCGAACCCAACCCACAAGUGCAGAGGAGCUCAAUCACAACCCCUGUAUGAUGGACAAUGGAGGCUGUGAACACUUCUGCUUUGCUCUCCCGGGGUCUGGCUCAGGUCUUCAGAACAAGAAAUGCAGCUGUGCUUUUGGAGACCUUGCAACAGAUAAUAAAAGCUGUGCAGUUUCUAGAGAUGAUUACCUAAUUUACACCACAGAGAGCACGGUGCGCAGUUUACGCUUAGAUCCUGAGGAUCAUGCACUGCCUUUUCCUGUGGUCAAUGUCCCUCGCACUACAGUGGCACUAGAUUUUGAUCUGGCUGAUGGAAGGAUCUACUUCACACAGAGUGUAGGAUCAGGAGCCAGUAAAAUAAGCUACGUCAGCCUGUCAUCCUCUACAUCAGCCCCUGUAGAGGUGGCCUCAGACCUUGGGGCUCCUGAUGGGAUUGCAUAUGACUGGAUAAACAAAAGAAUUUACUAUAGUGACUUUGUGAAUCAGAGCAUCAGCUCCAUGUCUGUGGAUGGCUCUCAGAGGACUGUUAUUGCUCAUGUACCUAGACCAAGAGCUAUCAUGCUGGAUCCCUGCAGGGGAUACAUGUAUUGGACAGACUGGGGAACACAUGCAAAGAUUGAACGUGCCACAUUGGGAGGAAACUUUAGAGUGGUGAUUGUAAACAGCAGUCUGGUUUGGCCUAAUGGACUAACAUUGGACUAUGAGGAUGAAAGGCUGUACUGGGCAGAUGCCAGCUUACAGAAGAUUGAACGAUCCUCUCUUACUGGCUCUGACCGUGAGGUCAUUGUAAGCACAGCCAUCUACCCAUUUGCAAUGACAAUGUUCGGCCAGUUCAUCUACUGGACAGACUGGAACACUCGCAGCAUUUACAGAGCCAACAAGCACGAUGGGUCUGAUCAAGUAGUGAUGGUCCAGAACCUUCCAUCUCGACCAAUGGACAUCCAUGUUUUAGCCAGCCGCAAACAACAGCAAUGCAACAGUCCCUGCUUGCAGUUUAAUGGAGGCUGUAGUCACAUCUGCACACCUGGGCCCAACGGAGCUGAAUGCCAUUGUCCGUCAGAGGGUCGUUGGUAUUUGGCUGAUAAUAAACACUGUAUACGUGACAAUGGGACACGCUGCCAGCCAGGCCAGUUCACCUGUAUGAAUGGGCGCUGUAUCCGUGCCCAGUGGAAAUGCGAUAACGACAAUGACUGUGGAGACGGGAGUGAUGAAUUGGAACGAGUGUGUGGACAUAUACUUACUUUAUUGCAUGCAGUCCCUCCGAUGCUAUCAUCUUUUAUUAGCUUGUCAGCCUUUCAUACGUGUGAUCCUACGGUCUUCACUUGUGGUAAUGGACGCUGUGUUCCCUAUCACUACCGCUGUGACCACUAUGACGACUGUGGAGACAACAGCGAUGAGGAGGGCUGCCUGUUCAGACCAUGUGAUCCCAAUACCGAGUUCACUUGCGGUAACGGACGCUGCAUUGCUAAAGAAUAUGUGUGCAAUGGCAUAAACAACUGUUACGACAAUGGUACCUCAGAUGAACAGAACUGCCCUGAGAGAACAUGUCAACCAGAGCAGACUAAAUGCCAGUCUACCAACAUCUGCAUCCCUCGGUCCUAUCUGUGUGAUGGAGACAACGACUGUGGAGAUAUGAGCGAUGAAAGCCCUACACACUGCGCUACGGCCACAUGUUCCCAGAGUGAGUUCCGUUGCUCUAGCGGCCGGUGCAUCCCUGCUCACUGGUACUGUGAUGGAGGAGCGGACUGUGCUGAUGGAUCUGAUGAACCCCAGUCCUGCACCACUCUUACUCGAACUUGCAACACUGACCAGUUUCGCUGUGAUGAUGGGAGGUGCAUUGCGUCAUCUUGGAUUUGUGAUGGGGACAAUGACUGUGGUGACAUGAGUGAUGAGGACCAGCGGCACAACUGUGCAAAUCGCACAUGCUCAAAUUCAGAGUUUACGUGUGUAAACAACCAGCCUCCCCAAAGGAAGUGCAUUCCUCAUGACUGGGUCUGUGACGGUGAUGCAGACUGCGCGGACGCAUUGGAUGAGCAUCAAAACUGCUCACGGAGAUCUUGUGGGGUCAAUGAGUUCACUUGCAGCAACGGCCUCUGUAUACGCAGCUCAUACAGAUGUGACCGACGCAAUGACUGUGGGGACAGCAGUGAUGAGCAAAGCUGUACCUACCAGCCCUGUCAGCAACACCAGUUUACCUGUCAAAAUGGCCGCUGUGUGUCCCGUGAUUUUGUCUGUGACGGGGAUAAUGAUUGUGGUGAUGAAUCCGAUGAACAGGACCACAUGUGCCAUACGCCAGCCCCCACCUGCCCCCCAGGACAGUUCAGGUGUGAAAAUGGACAUUGUAUCCCAGUUCAACAGGUGUGCAACAGAAAUGAUGACUGCAACGAUAACAGUGAUGAGAAGGGAUGUGGUAUUAAUGAAUGCACUGAGCUAUCUACUCACAACUGUGACCAUAACUGCACCGACACACCCACCAGUUUCAUCUGCACUUGUCGCCCGGGUUACCGCCUCAUGUCCGACGGCCGAACGUGUGACGAUGUGAACGAGUGUACUGAUACCCCACACGUUUGUAGCCAAAUCUGUGAGAACACUGUUGGCUCCUAUGUGUGCAAGUGUGCUCCGGGAUACCUGCGCGAGCCUGACGGACGCCGCUGCCGCCAAAACAGCAACAUUGCUCCAUACCUCAUCUUCAGCAACCGCUACUACCUGAGGAACCUGUCCACCGAUGGAGAAGCCUACUCUCUUAUCCUACAGGGUCUGACCAGUGUGGUGGCUUUGGACUUUGAUCGUGUGGAAAAGCGCUUAUAUUGGAUCGAUGUAAACCGCAGGGUGAUUGAAAGAAUGUCUUUCAAUGGCAGCAACAGAGAAGUGGUGGUCAAUGGAGUGCUGCACGGUGAGGGGCUGGCAGUGGAUUGGGUAGCCAGGAAACUCUACUGGGUGGACAGCUUCUUGGACUGCCUCAAAGUUAGUGAGCUGGAUGGACGCUUUGUGAGGAAGCUAGCUGAACACUGUGUGGACACCAAUAAUACGUACUGCUUUGAGAACCCAAGGGCACUAGUUUUGCAUCCAAAAUAUGGAUUUGUAUACUGGACAGACUGGGGAGACAAAGCAUUUAUCGGUCGUGUUGGGAUGGAUGGAACCAACAAAACAGCUGUUAUCACCACAAAGUUAGCAUGGCCUAAUGGGAUCACCAUUGACUACACUAAUGAUAUGCUCUACUGGUCUGACGCGCAUCUGAACUACAUUGAAUACUCAGAUUUGGAUGGUCGGCACAGGCACACAGUUUAUAAUGGGAAUUUGCCACAUCCAUUUGCACUUACUGUGUUUGAGGACACCGUAUACUGGACAGACUGGAACACGCGAACCAUAGAAAAGGGCAACAAAUUUGAUGGGUCUGGACGUGAAGCUUUAGUUAACACCACACAUAGACCAUUUGAUAUCCACGUAUGCCAUCCUUAUAGACAACCUAUUGCAAACAAUCCCUGCUCCGUGAACAAUGGCGGCUGUUCUCACUUAUGCUUGAUCAGUCAUGGAGGGCGAGAACAUACCUGCGAAUGCCCGGACCACUUCCUCAAUGUGCAGAUCGGAGGUGUGACCCGCUGCCUUCCCAUGUGCUCCAGCACCCAGUACAGAUGCACCAACAAUGAACGGUGUAUUCCUAUCUGGUGGAAAUGUGAUGGCCAGGCAGACUGUAGAGAUGGUUCAGACGAGCCCCCAACAUGCCCCACUCGCCACUGCAGGCUCGGACAGUUUCAGUGCAAUGAUGGGAACUGCACCAGCCCUCACUUCUUGUGCAACACUUAUUCUGACUGCCCCGAUGGCUCAGAUGAAGACCAAGUGCUUUGUGCAACCCACCAAUGUGAAGCUCACCAAUGGCAGUGUGUGAACAAGCGCUGCAUCCCCGAGUCUUGGCAGUGUGAUGGUGAGGAUGACUGCGGGGAUCAGUCUGAUGAAGACCCAGCCCACUGCUCGACCAGGACCUGCCGACCAGGACAGUUCAAGUGCCGCAAUGGGCGCUGUGUCCCCCAGAGCUUUAAGUGUGAUGUGGAUGACGACUGUGGAGACAACUCUGAUGAACCACUGGAGGAGUGCAUGGGGCCUUCAUAUCGCUGUGACAACCACACUGAAUUUGACUGCAAGACCAACUAUCGCUGUGUGCCACUUUGGUCUGUGUGCAAUGGCCACAAUGACUGCAGAGACAACAGUGAUGAGCAGGGAUGUGAUGACCUGACCUGUGACCCCAGUGGAGACUUUCGCUGUGACAACCAUCGCUGCAUUCCCCUGAGGUGGAAGUGCGAUGGAGAUGACGACUGUGGGGACAACUCUGACGAGCGCAGCUGCACUCCGCGCACUUGCACUGAGAGUGAGUUUCGCUGCGACAAUCUUCGGCUGCAUUCCGACCGUUGGGUCUGUGACCAUGACAACGACUGUGAGGACAAUUCAGAUGAAAGAGACUGUGAGUUGCGCACUUGUCAUUCUGGAUAUUUCCAGUGUGGCAGUGGACAUUGCAUUGCCGAACGAUUCAAAUGUGAUGGAAAUGCCGACUGCAUGGACUAUACAGAUGAAAUGUCAUGCCCGACACGUUUUCCCAAUGGCACAUACUGUCCUCCGUUCCUGUUUGAGUGCAGAAACCAUGUAUGCAUCCAGCCUCAGUGGAAAUGUGAUGGAGACAAUGACUGUGGGGACAGUUCAGAUGAGGAGCUCCACCUUUGCUCCUCUGUCCAGUGUGACACUCCUUUCCGUUUCCGGUGUGACAAUAACCGCUGCAUCUAUAGUCAUGAGCUGUGCAACUCUGUGGAUGACUGUGGGGAUGGCUCUGAUGAGAGGCAGGAAAACUGCCUGACACCAACACAUGGACCUUGCUCAGACGAAGAGUACAAAUGUGGCAAUGGGCAGUGUAUCCCUCUGCAGUAUGCCUGUGAUGAGUAUGACGACUGUGGGGACCAGUCAGACGAGCUGGGCUGCCACCAGGGCAGUGGACACACUUGCAGGGACAACGUCUGUGAACACAAUUGCACUGACCUCACAGAGGGAGGCUUUUUGUGUUCCUGCAGGCCAGGAUAUAAACCCAAAGAAAAUGAAAGACACAACUGUGAAGAUAUAAAUGAGUGUGAAAUUUAUGGCACAUGUCCACAAGAGUGUAAGAACACAAAAGGCAGCUAUGAAUGUUUCUGCACUGAAGGAUUUCAGUCGUUUGGUGAACCUCGGGGAACUGAGUGUGCUGCCCAGGGAAACCCACCAGUGCUACUCUUGCCAGACAAUGUUCGAAUCCGCCGUUUCAACCUGUCCAGUGAGCAGUAUUCAGACUAUGUGGAUAAUGUAGAGCACAUUCAAGCUUUGGACUAUCUGUGGGACCCAGAAGGACAAAGCCUGAGUGUGGUGUAUUGGACAGUGCUCGGACGGGGAUCUCAGUUUGGCACUAUCAAAAGGGCUUAUAUGACCACUUUCAAUGACCACGGCAACAAUCCAGUGAAAGAAGUUGAUCUUAAUCUUAGAUACAUUGCACACCCAGAUGGUAUUGCUGUGGACUGGGUUGGCAGGCACAUUUACUGGACAGAUUCAGGGACCAAUCGCAUUGAGGUGGCCAUGCUGGAUGGGCGAUACCGUAAAUGGUUGAUCCACACAGAUCUUGAUCAGCCGGCUGCUAUUGUUGUCAAUCCAUCACUUGGCAUGAUGUACUGGACAGACAGAGGCAGAAGUCCAAAAAUUGAGUCAGCUUGGAUGGAUGGGCAGCACAGGGAGGUGCUUGUGGGUGAGGAGGACUUGGGCUGGCCCACUGGACUGGCUGUGGACUAUACCAAUGGAAACAGGAUCUACUGGUGUGACUCAAAAGAAAACAUCAUUGAAUCUAUGAAACCAGAUGGCACAGAUAGAAGAAUUGUCAUGUCUGGAGAUAUUGGGAACCCAUACAGUUUAGAUGUUUUUGAGGGCCAUGUGUACUGGACCACUAAAGACACGGGGGAAGUGUGGCGGACGAACAAAUUUGGGAACGGUCACAGGGUCAGAGUUCUAACCAUCAACCCCUGGCUCACACAAGUCCGCAUUUACCAGGAGCAUCGGCACAAUCUCACAGUGACCAACCCAUGUAAAAGCGUAUGCAGUCACUUGUGCCUUCUGCGUCCUGGGGGUUACACCUGCAGCUGUCCACAAGGCUCCUCUCCGGUUCAGUUUGACUCCAACGUCUGUGAUGCAGCCAUUGAGGCACCUGUCACAAUGCCCCCUGCAUGUAGAUGUAUGAAUGGUGGAACCUGCUAUUUUGAUGAGGAGGCUCUUCCAAAGUGCAAAUGUCCAUAUGACUAUUUGGGCAGUUAUUGCGAAAUGGGGAAAGUGAAAAGUGCCCCAGCUGGGACAGCAGUGGCAGUUCUACUGGCAGUCCUCAUCAUCAUCAUUACUGGGGCUCUGGCUGUUGGGGUUUUCCUCAACUACAAACGGACUGGAUCCUUUAUCCCAUCAAUGCCAAAGUUACCGAGCCUUAGCAGUCUGGUCAAAUCUGGGGACACAGGGAAUGGAGUGACCUUUCAUUCAGGUGAAAAUGUGGACCUUGGGCCGACUCGUAUUGGUGUGUCAUUUAUUGACACAGCCAUGCAGAUGGAUGAUAAUUUUGUACUGGAAGCAGGCAGACAACCAAUGACCUUUGAGAAUCCUUUAUACGCCAAUGCAGCAGGGGUAUCUGGGGACCCAGCGGUUAUUCAUGCAACACAGGUCACAGUCAAUGUGAGUAGUGAUCCAUUGGCAAACAACUUUGUGAACCCUGUGUAUCAUGGGGAGCGAGGUGUAGCUGUGGUGGAGACUGCUGAAAGUGCAGCUUCUGAAAAGGUGCUGUUAGAGUCAAAGUGGAGCCAAUUCAAAAGAAAACUGAGGCCAGGGACCACAUUUGAAAACCCUUCAUAUUCAGAGAUGAAGGAUGAGAAGCCUGUGCAGAGCAACAGGGAGUCCUCGGAACUGUCGCCAUUUUCACCUCCAACCAAACUGCAGAAGAAGGAUCGUCCCAUGACCUUCUCUCCCACUGAGGACACUUUCAAAGACACAGCCACUCUGGUCAAAGAGGACAGUGACGUAUAACACUUGUUUCGACAAUGGGAACAAAUAAAAACACACAUUUUGCACAGAA